CCUCCCUCCCGAGUCGGAGUGCUGUUUUUGUUGUUGGUGGAAGGUGAGGGGAACAGCUGAUCCGUCGGUGGGGACGGCAGGCAUCUCAAGGGCAGGAUGGAAGAGUCAUCACUAAGCCGGGCACCAUCCCGGGGUGGAGUCAACUUCCUGAAUGUAGCCAGGACCUACAUACCCAACACCAAGGUGGAAUGUCACUACACCCUGCCCCCAGGCACCAUGCCUAGUGCCAGUGACUGGAUUGGCAUCUUCAAGGUAGAAGCUGCUUGUGUUCGCGAUUAUCAUACGUUUGUGUGGUCUUCAGUGCCAGAGAGUACAACUGAUGGUUCUCCCACCCACGCAAGUGUUCAGUUCCAAGCCAGCUACCUGCCCAAACCUGGAGCCCAACUCUAUCAGUUCCGGUAUGUGAACCGCCAGGGCAGAGUGUGUGGGCAGAGCCCCGCCUUCCAGUUCCGAGAGCCAAGGCCCAUGGAUGAGCUGGUGACCCUGGAGGAGGCUGAUGGUGGCUCUGAUAUUUUGCUGGUUGUCCCCAAGGCCACUGUGUUGCAGAACCAGCUGGAUGAGAGCCAGCAGGAACGGAAUGACCUGAUGCAGCUGAAGCUGCAGUUGGAAGAGCAGGUGUCAGAGCUGAAGAGCCGAGUGCAUGAGCUGGAGACAGCUCUGGUGGCCGCCAGGCGGGAGCAUGCAGAACUCUCAGAGCAAUACAAGGGGCUUUCUCGGUCCCAUGGGGAGCUCACAGAAGAAAGGGACAUCCUGAGCCGGCAGCAGGGUGACCAUGUGGCUCGUAUCCUGGAGCUGGAGGAUGACAUACAGAUGAUCAGUGAGAAAGUGCUCAUGAAGGAAGUGGAGCUGGACAGGGUUAGAGACAUGGUGAAGGCCCUGACUCGGGAACAAGAGAAGCUCCUGGGGCAGCUGAAGGAAGUCCAAACAGACAAGGAACACAGCCAGGCUGAGCUCCAAAUGGCCCAAGAGGAGAACCACCGCUUAAGUGUGGAACUUCAGGAAGCAAAGAGCCGGCAAGAAGAGCAGGGUACUGCAUUCCAGCGACUAAAGGACAAAGUGGCCCACAUGAAGGACACCCUAGGCCAAGCCCAGCAGAGAGUGGCUGAGCUGGAGCCCCUGAAGGAGCAGCUUCGAGGGGCGCAGGAGCUUGCAGCCUCAAGCCAGCAGAAAGCCGCCCUUCUCGGAGAAGAGUUGGCCAGUGCAGCAGGUGCCAGGGACCGCACCAUUGCUGAGCUGCACCGCAGCCGCCUGGAAGUGGCCGAGGUCAAUGGCAGGCUGGCGGAGCUCAGCCUGCACCUGAAGGAAGAGAAGUGCCAGUGGAGCAAGGAACGAGCGGGGCUGCUGCAGAGUGUGGAGGCCGAGAAGGACAAGAUCCUGAAGCUGAGUGCAGAGGUCCUUCGGCUAGAGAAGGCAGUGCAGGAGGAGAGGAGCCAGAACCAUGUGUUCAAGACUGAGCUGGCCCGGGAAAAGGAUUCUAGCCUGGUGCAGUUGUCAGAAAGUAAGCGGGAGCUCACAGAGCUGCGGUCCGCCCUGCGCGUGCUCCAGAAGGAAAAGGAGCAGUUGCAAGCAGAGAAACAGGAACUGCUAGAAUACAUGAGGAAGCUGGAGGCCCGCCUGGAGAAGGUUGCAGAUGAGAAGUGGAAUGAGGACGCUGCCACAGAGGACGAGGAGGCCACCACGGGCCUGAGCUGCCCUGCAGCUCUGACAGACUCAGAGGAUGAGUCCCCAGAAGACAUGAGGCUCCCUCCCUAUAGCCUGUGUGAGCAGAGAGACACAGGCGCCUCUCCUGCUGGGCCCCAUGAGGCUUCUUCCCUCGUUGUCAUCAGCCAGCCAGCACCCAUUGCUCCCCACCUCUCAGGGCUGGCUGAAGACAGCAGCUCUGACUCGGAGGCUGAGGAUGAGAAGUCGGUGCUGAUGGCAGCUGUGCAGAGUGGGGGUGAGGAAGCCAACCUCCUGCUUCCUGAACUGGGCAGUGCCUUCUAUGACGUGGCCAGUGGUUUUGCAGUGGGUCCUCUGACAGAGGCCAGCACUGGGGUGCCAGCCACCCCUCCAUGGAAGGAGUGUCCUAUCUGUAAGGAGCGCUUCCCUGCUGAGAGUGACAAGGAUGCCCUGGAGGACCACAUGGAUGGACACUUCUUUUUCAGCACCCAGGACCCUUUCACCUUUGAGUGAUCCUAACACUCCCAUGCACAAACACACUCACACGCGCAGACGUGUGCACACCAGUAUCAUGCCUAUUUCCCACCACAAUGGGCUCCAUGCUGCUCUCUUCCCUAAGACCUGCUCCGUGUGGUUUUCAUCCCAUGCUUUCCAGCUUCAUCAUCUCUGCCUGGCUCCUUUGUUCCAGGCAGGAGUCUGUCUUGAAAGCAGUGGCUGAAUUUACCCUCUGAAAGCUGUUUGGAGGAACCAGGAUGGAGCCCUUCUCCUCUGGGAACAGAAUUAGCCACUAGCCCUGGUGACUUGCAGUAUACAGCCACCACCACACACACACAUGCAAGCUUACAAACACACACUCCUCUCUGAUGCCCCAAAGCCAGUUCCUGGGGCUCCCCACCCUCUCUUACUUGGGGUUUGUUUACCUGUUUUCUCUGGGGCCUGCAUGGAGGCAGCCGCAUGGACAUCCAGACCUCAUUGGUCUUGGUCUCAGCUUCAUUGGUUUCUUUCUGUUCCCUGUUACUUUCCACACCCAACCCUAGCUUUUAAUAUAACCUUAGGUAGUAAGUUUGGAAGUUUCUUUUGUAUUUUUAAGGAUUACUGUGCUCUGUCUGCUGACUCCUGUGUCCGCAAAUGGAAAAAAAAAUAAUGUAUUUGUGCCUUCUGUGAGGGAUGGGGCACAAGGGAUCCAAGUGUCCCCAUUAUCUUCCUCCCUUCCCCCUCUUCAGGUCCCCCACAGCAAUAAAAUUUCCCUUCCCCAUAUCCCUCCCCUCUUUAUCUGUAGUUUGAACAAAUAUAUUUAUAUAAUACGUGUAA